UGGGAGAUUAUUAAUUACAAACGUCGAAAAGGUUACAGGAAAUGCCAGCCGGAUGACUUCCGGUGCGGUGGUUCGACACCCGAGCUCUGCAUUCCGAAAGAGAAGAAAUGCGACGGUUAUCUGGACUGUCGAAACGGCCGGGACGAGGAGAAAUGCGAGAACAAUGCGAAGCCAGCCUGCAGGUUGGAUCAGUUCAGGUGUAAUUCCACGCAGCGUUGCAUUGAACAAUCAGCCAGAUGUAAUUACAAGGACGACUGUGGAGAUAAUAGCGACGAGGAGAAUUGCAGUACGUCUCCGAAAGUUCUUUUCCUUUUAUCUGAAAAUAAUUUAUAUCCAGAGAUCCGUCGCCUACACAACUUCCAACCUUGCGCGAUUAAUCAGUUCCGUUGCGCGAAUUCACUCUGUAUACCGAGAUCCUACGUUUGCGAUGGUUACAAGGACUGCCAGGAUGGAUCUGACGAGAAGUCCUGCACUACCACUACUUGCCCUCUGAACAAGUUCGUGUGCCCCCGGGGAACGGCCGAUGGCAAGCCGCUUUGCAUUGAUCGCUCUCAGAUCUGCGACGGAAAGUCUGAUUGCGAAGAUAAAGCGGACGAAGAAGCUACUUGUUGUAAGUAA